GAAGGGACUACAACAUGUACCAUCCACGAGAGUUAUACCCCUCCUUGGGGACAGGCUACCGCCUGGGGCCUCCCCAGCCAGGGACAGAUUCCAGUUUUGGACCUGCCCUGGCAGAGGGCUAUCGCUACCCAGAUCUGGAUCCCCCCAAGAUGGAUUGCUUCCUCUCUGGGAUUGAGGCUGCUCCACGCACCCUGGCUGCACCCCCACCUCUGCCCCUUCUGCCCCCAGCCCUGGGUGCUGAGCCAGCCCCACCAGCCCCAGAGGCCCUCCACUCGCUCCCCGGGGUCAGCCUGAGCCUGGAGAAUCAGGAGCUGUGGAAAGAAUUCAGCGCUGUGGGGACAGAGAUGAUUAUCACCAAGGCCGGCAGGCGCAUGUUUCCAGCUUGCCGAGUGUCCGUCACAGGCCUGGACCCUGAGGCUCGCUACCUGUUCCUUCUGGAUGUGGUUCCAGUGGACGGGGCUCGAUACCGCUGGCAGGGCCGGCGAUGGGAGCCCAGCGGCAAGGCUGAGCCCCGGCUGCCGGAUCGUGUGUACAUUCACCCCGACUCCCCUGCCACGGGGGCCCACUGGAUGCGGCAGCCCGUGUCCUUCCACCGUGUCAAACUCACCAACAGCACACUGGACCCCCAUGGCCAUCUGAUCUUGCAUUCCAUGCACAAGUAUCAGCCCCGCAUCCACCUGGUACGGGCAGCCCAGCUUUGCAGCCAACACUGGGGGGGCGUGGCCUCCUUCCGCUUCCCUGAGACCACUUUUAUCUCUGUCACAGCCUACCAGAACCCACGGAUCACACAACUGAAGAUUGCAGCCAAUCCCUUUGCCAAAGGGUUCCGGGAGAAUGGCAGAAACUGCAAGAGGGAGCGAGACGCCCGUGUGAAGAGGAGACUUCGGGGCACAGAGCCAGCAGCCACAGAGGCCUGCGGGAACGGAGAUACACCAGGGGGUCCCUGUGACUCCACACUGGGUGGGGACAUUCCGGAGUCGGACCCCGAGCAGGUCCCAGCUCCGGGAGAAGCUGCUCCUGCCCCGGCGCCUCCCUGUGGAGGUCCCAGUGCUGAGGCCUACGUCCUCCACCCGGCCGCUUUCCACGGGGCCCCCAGCCACCUACCGGCCAGGAACCCCAGCUUUCCUGAGGCUGUGGAAUCCGGGCGCACAGCCCCCUACUCAGCUGCAUUUCUGGAGCUGCAGCCGGGGCCGGGGGGCUCAGGGUUCGCGGCAGCUCCACCAGCAGCACCCUUUACCCCACACUUCCUCCAAGGGGGGCCGUUCUCCAUCCCCUACCCAGGACCUUCAGGGUUCCUGGAUGUGGGCUCUAAACCAAUGUACUGAGACACUGCAGAGCCCUGUGGCAUCUUCCCCAACUACCUCCGCUGCUUCCCUUCCCCCAACCCAGUAGCCCCCCUCAACUUUCUGCCCUCCUCCCCUUCUGCCAAAUGGCUGCCUCCCCCCCCCCAACUUCACACCUUGACUUCACUCCCACCCCCUCUGGCUUCAAAGCCCAGGAGAGGCUGCUGGAAUCCAGCUGGGGCCAGCUUCCCCUUCCCUGCUCUCACCUUGGUGUGAAUGGAGCCUGGCCUGGCCAAAUGGGACAGCAGCGCCCCCCCCGCCCGCGGGGGCAAGCCGCCACCAA